AUGUUACUCGAAUAUCCAGUUUACGCUGAGCUCCUGGACCUUGCCGGUAUUUUCUACAUGGGUCACAUGACCGUUCCUCUUGAACGAUUUGAACAAGGAGUCCUGAAGACCGACUACUUGGAGGGCGUUAGAAAAUUCUACUGUGUCGGCCAGUAUGAUGGCAAAUUCACGGUGGCUUCUGCUGCGAGAGCGUGGAACUUCACUCAAGCAGUUCCAGACAGCUGGUUCGGGAUCACUUUUGGCGGACGGCACAGACAUUUUGGCGAGGGAAUGAACUUUGUGAUGGACGAUAUUGAGAUUUUUGAAACGUCGAAUACUGAAUCAACCGUUCAUGGAAAAUUGAGAGAGUAUUUUAUGUUUUUCCUGUUCAACUUGCAAGAUCGACUGGAACUCGAGCAGAGCUACUUUGAUGCUGAAAUUCGACCUAUCAUGAAUGAGCUGGCGAUGGAACGAAGAUUUACAACUCUCGAAGGCGAUCUAGAUAACCCAGAUCAAUCUCAAAUCGAAGUUCCGCUCAAUCCUCAAAUACAAAAAAUGUUUUGCGAGGAUGCGAUUGAAUCCAUUCCUGGACGAUCUUGUGUUGUUGAGCACGAGUGGCGACCAGAGUAUGGAGUAGGUGAUGGAGAAGGAAGUGAUUACGAAGACAUCGCAAAUUCAAAACCAAAAGUCAGAUAUGAUGAGCAAAAUGAUGCAAUGAUCAUCGAAUCUUACAGUCACGAUUACCAUCAACCGCACCCUGGUUACACCUUCCCUCCACCAGGAACCCUCGGAAACGCUUCGAGCAUCGACCUCGUCUUCAAAUUCAAAAACCGAAAGUUCAUCGCCCGCGCUGCCGGCAUCUCCGACUGGGAGUCCGUCCCUGAAGAUACCUGCGACGAAAUCAUUCAACUCUUCGAAGCUCAAGCGCUCCAGACUUUGGCUGAAUCGAAAAAUGGCGCUCAACACUUGGAAAAAUACGCACAAUAUGGAUGCCAGCACAAGCUUGUUCCUGAACGAGAUACAUUCGGGAUCUUCUGGCUGAACUCUCCGAUGAAAUACGAGUACAAGGAUGGAAAACUCGAAAUGGAACCGAAUCGGUUUUAUACCGACGAAACAAAUACUCCCGAAGAAAAUCUUGAUCGACUUGGAGGUAUGCUCUACUGUCGGGUAGUUGGGCCGGCUAGAUUUAUCGAAUGGAUUCUUGUCGACAGCUUCAGAAGACGAAAUUUGAGACUUUGUUGA